CUGAGGCCCCUGCUGGCCCCCGCUCCUCCAGGAGGCGCAGGGAGGACUGCAGCUCCAAACAGGUCCGCGUGAAAAGACGGAGGUCGAACGAUGAGUAACCAACAACAUUCUCCUCCUUCAGUUUUGUCUCCAUCCACCUGAUGGCAGCACCGUGGGCCUCUGAAGAUCUGACAGGUUCUUCCUGCAAACCUGAGCCUCUACACACCUGAGCCUCUACACACCUGAGCCCCUACACACCUGAGCCUCUACACACCUGAGCCUCUACACACCUGAGCCUCUACACACCUGAACCUCUACACACCUGAGACUUAUUCGACUCAGUGCUGCCCCCUGUCGGCUGGCAGAGGCCCCGCCCCGCCUAUCGUAAACCCGGUUCGGUGGAGGGAGCAGGGACAGCGGAGAAGCUGGAGCGAGCGGAGCAGGGGAUCAGCGGCUCCCGCGUUCGUCCGACACUCAACUAGAGCUGCUUCCAGGCAGUGGUCGUGGUGAUGAUGGCGGCGGCUGUGGAGAGAGGAGGCGUCCGGGCCGCUUUCCUGAACCCGAGCGGCGGCGGUGGUAGCGGCGGACCCGCGCCGACGAUGCCCCCGACCGGCGGAGGAGCGUUAGCCGGGGCUGUGGUCGUGGGCUCGGGRUCCUCCGGCAGUAGCAUGCCCGUGCCCAUGAACCUCUUCGCAACCUGGGAGAUAGACCGAUCYUCCCCGAGCUGCGUCCCCAGACUCUGCAGCCUCACGCUGAAGAAGCUGGUUGUUCUUAAAGAACUGGAUAAGGAGCUGAACUCUCUGUCGAUAGCUGUAAAAAUACAGGGUUCAAAGCGUCUCCUCAGGUCAAACGAGUACGUCCUCCCUCCAAGUGGACUGAUGGAGACAGAUCUGGAGCUCACGUUCUCGCUACAGUACCCUCAUUUCCUGAAGAGGGACGCCAACAGGCUGCAGAUCAUGCUGCAGAGACGGAAACGUUACAAAAACCGGACCAUCCUGGGCUACAAAACCCUGGCUGUCGGAGUCAUCAAUAUGGCCGAGGUGAUGCAGCACCCGACAGACGGGGGACAGAUCCUGGCUCUCCACAGCAACGUGAAGGAGGCGCCGGUGCGCGUGGCCGAGAUCAGCAUCUUCUCCCUGUCCAGCCAGCCCAUCGACCACGAGGACGGCAGCGGGCAGGCCGGACGCAAGAUCAAAACCUCAGACCGCUCCCCAGACAUGGAUAAUGAUUCAGAGGACGAUGACGACAGCUACUCCUCGGAGCAGGAGGCCAGCGAUGACGCAGUUCAUGCCCAGGAUAUUUACGAUGAAGACGACGAGGUCAGGAAGCCGAAGAAACCUCGCAGGAAAAUGAUCAGAACCACGUCCAUCACCAGGCAACCUAACUUUAAACAGAAAUUCGUGGCGCUGCUGAAGAGGUUCAAAGUUACAGACGAGGUUCUGGACUCUGACCCGGUGGAUCAGACCCAGGAGGUGGAAGAGGAUCUGGACCUGCUUUACGACAGUCUGGAGGUGUACAACCAGAGCGACAGCGGGCCAGAGAUGGACGACAACGACAGCGUGCUGAGUACCCCCAAACCCAAACUCAAUAAAGUGGAGAACCGGCUGCAGAGGCGUCCUCGCAGCACCUCCAUGAAGGACCGGCAGAACUCCAAGGCUCAGAGCGACAGAACCAGCAGCAUGGAGAGUGAGUGCUCCCCAGACUCGAGGCUCAUCGCACAGGUUCCCAGGAAGUCGGUGUACGACCAGCUGAACCAGAUCCUGAUCUCAGACGAGCGCCUGCCUGAGAGCAUCAUCCUCAUCAACACCACUGAGUGGCAGGGACAGUACGUGGCCGACCUGCUGCACGAACAGGCCCAGCCCAUCGUGUCCACCUGCUCCGCCGCCGACGUUCAGGCCGCCUUCAACACCAUCGUCACUCGCAUCCAGAGAUUCUGUAACUGCAACGCCCAGACUCCGCCCACGAUAAAGGUGGCGGUGGCCGGCGACCAGAGCUACCUCAGCACCGUCCUGAGGUUCUUCGUGGAGCAGCUGGCCAACAAGACCCCCGACUGGCUCAGCUACAUCCGCUUCCUGGUGAUCCCCAUCGGUUCCCACCCGCUGGCGAAGCACGUGGCGUCGUUCGACAGCCGCUUCAACAGCCUCUUCAUGGACACGGCUUGGAGGGAGCUGUUCUGCAGGACGGAGCGACCCACGUCAGAUAACAUCGACGUGGCGGGACGGAUCGUUCAGUAUCUGGUCGGCGCCAACGUGUCYCACCAGUUCCCCAUCUCUGAAGCCAUGCUGACGUACAAACAGAAGAGGAAAAGAAGUUUGUAUUUUGAUUUUUAUAUCAGCCCCGACGAAGACUCCUGUCAGAAGUUUGUGCCGUUUAUUGGGGUUGUGAAAGUUGGGAUUGUGGAGCAGAGCCUCUCAACCUCAAUGGACUCGGACGAUGCGAUGGGGGGCAACACAAGCAUCCUGUCCUCCCCACCGCCCCCGACGGCCGGUCCGCAUGGGAAGGAGAUCGGGACCACCCCCCCUCAGUCCCCCUCAGUGUCCACGGCCCUCUCCGGAGCAGGUUCUCCGUGUUCGGGCAGCGAAGUGAUGGGGCUCCAGGUGGACUACUGGACCUGGCAAGGUUCUGAGAAGAAGAAGGAGGGCGAGAAGAGGGACGUCGGGUUGAAGAACACCCUGAAGUGUAACUUCCGCUCGCUGCAGGUCAGCCGGCUGCCAGGAGGGGGCAGCAGCGACCCACAGGCCCAGGUCAGCACCAUGGCCAUGACCGUGGUCACCAAGGAGAAGAACAAGAAGGUGAUUUUUCUCAGCAAGAAGCCCAAGGAGAAAGAGCUGGACUCUAAGAGCCAAGUGAUCGACGGGAUCAGCAGGUUGAUCUGCACAGCCAAGCACCAGCACACCAUGCUGAGAGUUACCAUCGACGGCGUGGAGUGGAACGACGUCAAGUUUUUCCAGCUCGCCGCCCAGUGGCCGACGCACGUGAAGCACUUCCCGGUGGGGAUCUUCGGGUACACGAAGCCGAUGUGACCCCGCCCCACUCGUCUCCCCGCCCUCGGUCCUGCCCCGCCUGAGAGACUCCAGAGAAUGGGAAGGAAAGAGUUUUCCUGUGGAAAUCUUACAGACUCACUACGUGUUCAAACUUCAUGUCGUUCGUUUUGAUGUUUUUGAUGU